AUGAUGAGAUCUUUGCGAAUUCACCUUGCACUGGUUGGCAUAGAAAUUUGGAACAAUGGAGAUAAGAUUAACGUGCAGGAAUCAAAGGAUGCCACUUUGAAGUCAUUUGAAACAUGGAGAGAAACAGAUUUGCUGCCACGCAAAGGGAAUGAUAAUGCUCAAUUACUCACGGGCAUUGACUUCAGUGAAGAUACUAUAGGAUAUGCUACCAUGAGCAGCCUCUGCAAUUCAAAGAAUUCUGUAGCCAUUAUUCAGGAUCAUACCAGAGAAACAAGUUUUAUGGCGAAUACAAUGGCCCAUGAGUUGGGUCAUAAUCUGGGCAUUCGUCAUGACACAUUUGGCUGUAAUUGCUCUCCUAACAAAUGCAUUAUGACUUCACACCUAAAGGAUGUAAAGUGUGGCAGGUUAUACUGCAGACAUGGAAAUGAAUGGGAAUGCCAAAUGGAUUACUUUCCAGAAACGCCAGAUGUUGGAUUGGUUGCACCUGGAACAAAAUGUGGAGAUGGAAUGGUCUGCAGCAACGGGCGUUGUGUUCAUGUGCAGAGAGUCUACAGAUCAACCACUGGAUUCUCUAUAAUUUGA